AGGAGAAAUUUCAGUGACAAAAUUAAUUUUCAAUCAUAAAUUCAUACAUGGUUGAACGACUUUAGAAUCAAUAUAAAGUAAAGGACAGUGCAUUUAAGAGAAAGUGACUUAAGAUACGAAAUCAAGAUAAAAAUAAAAAUAAAUAGGUAUAAAAUUUGUACAAAGACAAAUUUGGAAAAAAGUGAUUUUAAAAAGACUACUUUGUUGUGAAGAGAAUAAUAAUCUUAGCAAUAAACAUGUGUUAUAUCAAAAACAGUAAAAAGAAUUGUCAAAAAGCAUUGAAUGAGCUUCUUAACAGAUAUAAAGAGAAAAAGUGAAUUUGGAUUAUAAUUUAAUAAUAUAUUAACAAAAAUAAUAUAAAAACACCGAUAUAAGAACAUCCUUAUAUAUAUAUAAAUCUAUAGAACAAUAGAAUAACAGAAACUUUUAAGUUANAUCAGUCGAAUUAAACUCUUAACAUGAAUCUUAUCUAUCUUUAUUGUUAUCAAAUAAUGAAAGCUGGUAGAAGUUUUAUGGCAGCGGCAAAUGAGCCACCGAUGACCUCACCUUCAUCUUCAAAUUCAAACGGCCAAGAGCCUCAACUACCUCCUUUAUUACCGCCAUUACGUUCGACUCAACACAUUUUACAGCCAUUGUCAGUGUUCCCAGGUGUCGUGUCGGGUUUAAACGAGGACGUGACGUAUGAUUAUGUUUUCGGUGGACCAAGGGCGGCUGUUUCGUAUUCAACGCUUAAGCUGACGUCGCCUCCAGUUCGGUUGCAUACGCAACAUAGAUUUAGUGGAAGUUUAGAUGACGGCAGAACAUCUUCUUCUCAUUCGCAUUUUCAUUAUCAACAACCACGCCGUUCUCCGGGGAAUUCAUUGAAACGUCAAAAAAGUUUACUUGAUGGACAUGGAUCUCGAACAUCUUUAAAAAGUAUUGCUGAUGACGAAGAAACUCUACGACGACUUCUUAAUGACUUACAAAAGCAAGUCAGCGUAAUGAGUAUGAAUUUAUCUUGUAAAUUGGAUGAUUUACAACGAGGUGACAGAUACAUGGAGACAUCAGUAGCUUUGUGCGAGAUUCGCACUCAACUUCAAGAAUUAACCAAAUCCGUUGAAAGCUGCCAAAGUGAAGUUUCAGAAGUCAAAAGGGACAUGGUCAUGAUAAAACAUGAAUUAGACACAGUUCAACAAGUUAAAGAAGAAAUUGAGGAGCUUCGUGAAUAUGUUGACCGUUUGGAGGAGCACACUCAUAAACGGAAACUUCGAUUGAUGGAACAAGGAUUAACAUUUUUCUUAUCAUAUUCGAUUUUUGCUGCCGUUUUGGGCAUGCUUCAAUUUGGAUAUAACACUGGAGUGAUAAAUGCACCAGAGACGAACAUAGAAAGUUUCAUAAAGGAUGUCUACAAGGAUCGCUAUGGCGAGGAUAUUAAUGAUGAAGUUACACAACAGUUAUAUUCGGUGGCUGUGUCAAUAUUUGCAAUUGGUGGGAUGCUGGGUGGUUUCAGUGGCGGCUGGAUGGCCAAUCGUUUUGGACGAAAAGGAAGCCUUUUGCUAAACAAUUUUGUAGGCAUUUCGGGUGCCUGUCUUAUGGGCUUCACAAAAUUUGUCAACUCGUAUGAAAUGUUGUUCUUAGGCCGAUUUAUAAUUGGCGUUAAUUGUGGUCUCAACACAUCUCUUGUCCCAAUGUAUAUAUCAGAAAUAGCACCACUGAACUUACGAGGAGGUCUAGGUACUGUUAAUCAAUUGGCUGUGACAAUAGGUUUACUACUCUCUCAAGUGCUUGGUAUUGAGCAGAUAUUAGGGACGAACGACGGUUGGCCAAUAUUAUUAGGUUUGGCAAUAUGUCCAGCUAUUCUUCAAUUGAUAUUAUUACCAAUCUGUCCGGAAUCACCACGAUAUUUGUUGAUUACAAAGCAAUGGGAAGAAGAAGCUAGAAAAGCUCUAAGAAGGUUGAGAGCAUCGAAUCAAGUUGAAGAAGACAUCGAGGAAAUGCGAGCAGAAGAGAGAGCUCAACAAUCUGAAAGUAGUGUAUCAAUUAUGGAAUUAAUCUGUUCACCAACAUUACGUGCUCCACUUAUAAUUGGAAUUGUUAUGCAAUUGAGUCAACAGUUAAGCGGAAUCAAUGCUGUAUUCUAUUAUUCGACUUCACUUUUCACAAGUUCAGGUUUGACCGAAGAGAGUGCAAAAUUUGCUACGAUAGGAAUAGGUUGUAUAAUGGAAAUGAUCGAUUGGAUGUCUUACUUGUCUGUCGUGUCAACACUUGCCUUCGUCGUGUUCUUUGCAGUUGGUCCGGGAUCAAUUCCAUGGAUGAUUACAGCUGAACUUUUCUCUCAAGGGCCACGUCCAACAGCAAUGGCAAUUGCAGUUUUAGUCAAUUGGAUGGCAAAUUUCGUAGUUGGAAUAGGUUUUCCCAGUCUUAAGACCAGAUUGGAAAAUUACACAUUUUUACCAUUUAGCGUACUUUUAGCAAUAUUCUGGAUAUUUACUUAUCAGAAAGUUCCAGAGACAAAAAACAAAACGUUUGAAGAAAUAUUAGCUUUAUUCAGACAUGGAAAUGGAAGGAGUAUGCUUAACUGCGUGAAUAAUUUGAAUCUGGAACCACAAAGCAUGAAUUCUGGUAUUGAAAGAGCUGCGUUAAUGAUCUCGGAGGAGAAACACCAACAGGAUUCACCUGCUUCAGAGCGUUGUGUAGAAAGCGCAAAAACUACUCUGACACGAACUGCUACUUAUGUGCCGCAUCACCAUCAUCAACAAAAUGUCUGCCAGCCGAACAUAGAGCCUUGACUGAAGAACGGUCCAGUGGUCCCUAGCAAUUAUGUACAAACUGUAGAUAGUAACGACAGUGGGGUGGGCAAUCCAUCGGUAGCACCACCAUCAUCUGUUUUCUUUCCUUAUCUGCCACGGCCCUCAUCAACAUCAAUCGAACGCCAUCGUGGUAGUUUUAGUCCAAAAACAUUGUGUGGAAGCCAAUCGACACUAAAUACUUUCUGCAGUAGCCGCAAGAGCCAGCCAAAUUCAACUGUUAAUCGAUUAUACAAUUCUGAUCCCAGUACUAACAUGAUUGGAGAACAAUCGCAAAUCAUGGGAGAUACUGAAUAUCUUACUAAUUAUGCACAUAUUAAACAUAGCCAUCGACAUUCUCAUUAUCACUUGAGACGUCAAUCGCAACCAGACAGUGACGUUCGAUUGAUGUCACGGAAUUCAUCAAGUGUGAAAAGCUUUAUAUCACAAUGCUAUAAUAAUCCCGAAUACUUCGAUGAAAUACGCCCAGCCCGAUCAUACGAUGAUAGUAGAGCAUCACUGAUAUCUCGAAAGCUCUCAAAUCAAAUAGUUCUUCUGAACUCGGAACUUCAAUUACUAGAGCAAAUGCGUGAUCAUUCUCAUUCAUAUCCUCAUAUAAAUUACCCAGAAAAAGAUUACUUGUCCGAAAAAGAUCAAUUUCAUGCUGAACAAACAACUACAACAUCAUCAACAUCAUCCGAAGAAUGUUCUGAUGCCAGCGAGUUUCAUGAGAAGAAAGCGUCUACGCUCGAAAGAAAAGUUUCAAGACUCACAAGCGAAACCGAUUCUUAUUCAGCGAUAAAUGACGAAAUUACUCAACUAAUUAGUAAGCAUUUUUCAAAUUCUAUUAAGCAGCUAGUAGCACAAAGAUUCACAGACGUAGGCAUGUACACUCUUCCUCUUCGACGGCGACAUAGUUGCGGUAGCACUGAGAGUUACGACGAUAUUAUCAUUCCCGAACUGUUCAAUUCACCAUCAAGAAUAAAAUGGAAUUUCUUGACAGGAUUACCCGAUCACAGUCGAAGUCAUAGUCGAAUUGAUAGCAGUGAUUAUAAGACUGAUCUAGAAGAUGAUGAUGAAUGCAAUAAUCACCCGCAAGGAUGGCGCAGGUGUAAAAGAGUUGAUCAUAAUAUGAAAGAGAGAAAAUCAUUUUCUUUUGAUUCAAAACAGCAGCAGGGAUACGAAACUGUUUCAAUGUGGCGAACUAACAGUUACCCUGAAACGCAUGAAUCAAUUCUUCAACAUGACACAGAAGAGUUUUUGGAUACUUAUUGUGAAGGUCAUUCGAAAGAAUUUGAACAUGGUCAAGAAAAUUCCGAAGAAAAAGUCGAAGAUUCUGGUUCAGUUUAUGAAUUUGAAUUAUGUACGAAAGAAAAUUGUGAAUACUUGUCAAAGAGUCAAGUAAUGCUCCCGCAGCAAUCAACUGAAUCGGAAAAUCCUUUAAAUAAUAAUAAAACCUUCGCCAUCAACAACUCUUUGCCUAGUAAUAAGAAUAUUAAUCUCAAGCAUAAUAAGCUAAAAUUGAAGAAGAAAGUAAAGAAAAAAUCGACAGUGAAAGCUAAUCAUAAUCGUGACCCAGAAGAUUUUCUCAUGUGGAGCAAAAUCAAUUUUAGUCAUUUAAUUAAAAAAGAUAGCUGCAAUAUAAAUAGCGUCAAUCUUAAACCCAACUCGAAUUCGUCGUCAUCACAUUCUUUAAAUAAUAUGGGCGUCAGAAAUCGAAGAAAUAAGAAAAGCUAUCAGAAAUUUACGAACAAGUGGCUGCAACAGCAGCCACCCGGAUCAUUAGACAUAGCAACAUUAAUACUUGCCUCGUCAGCAUCGACACAGGUCCGAUUCAGAAGUGAUGGUGGAAUUUAUUUCAGUAAUCCCGAUUUAUCUAAUAUUCCCGUAGACCUACGUUCUGUGACUAACUUUACGAAUAACAACAACAAUAUUAAUAGUAACAACAGCUGCCAAUUUAUUAAUAACGAUUUAAGGAAUACAAUUAAUUUUAAUGUUAAUGUGAAUUGCCAUAGUAUAGAUCAUUCCCAUUCGCGGGGAAGAUUUGAUUUAGCAUCAAACUAUUUGACUGUAGAGGAAUCUUCUAUAAAUAGUAAUAAUAUUGAUACUUUUAAUGAUUCUGAAAUCUUGCAACAGCAACAUUUAAGAGGACGCUUACGGUAUAAUCGGUUUAACCUUAAUGGUAUAGUGAGACGAGCUCAAAAACAUGC